AUGUGUGUUGGCCUAUUGAGUCAUGCCGUGACCACCUCCUGUUUUCUAAGCUGCACGCUCAACAAGAAGGCUCGUGCGCUUGGGCUCAAGGCAGCACUGUCAGCACGGCUGAGGGAAGGGCAGGUGAGAGUGCGGUGUGUUGUGCUGUGUGCUGGCCUAUUGGGUGGUGCCCACCUCCUGUGUUCCGAGCUGCACGCUCAACAAGAAGGUCCGCGCGGUUGGGCUCAAGGCAGCGCUGUCAGUGCGACUGAGAGAGGGGCAGGUGAGCAGGCAGGUGAGCAGGCAGGUGAGCAGGCAGGUGAGCAGGCAGGUGAGCAGGCAGGUGAGCAGGCAGGUGAGCAGGCAGGUGAGCAGGCAGGUGAGCAGGCAGGUGAGCAGGCAGGUGAGCAGGCAGGUGAGCAGGCAGGUGAGCAGGCAGGUGAGCAGGCAGGUGAGCAGGCAGGUGAGCAGGCAGGUGAGCAGGCAGGUGAGCAGGCAGGUGAGCAGGCAGGUGAGCAGGCAGGUGAGCAGGCAGGUGAGCAGGCAGGUGAGCAGGCAGGUGAGCAGGCAGGUGAGCAGGCAGGUGAGCAGGCAGGUGAGCAGGCAGGUGAGCAGGCAGGUGAGCAGGCAGGUGAGCAGGCAGGUGAGCAGGCAGGUGAGCAGGCAGGUGAGCAGGCAGGUGAGCAGGCAGAUGAAACUUUGCUCCGGGCAUCUGGGAACUUGCAUUACGCGAACGUGCUGCCAGUUGUGGGGCUCAACGUGUACAGCAUAGUGCAGCACGACGCCCUUGUGCUGUCGCUGCCAGCUCUGCAAGCCUUGGAGCACCGCCUCCUCUCCGCCAGGCGCCAGGUUCGGCCAGGCCUAGAGAAGAAGCUCGGUGCUGCUGCAGCUGCCACGGUUUGA